AUGGAGACAGACACAAAACCCACAGCCGGGAGUGAUGUUGAGCGAGGGAGCUCAUACACAGGCAGCGUUCUUCCAGAGACUAAGGAAGUCGUCGAUGGAGCGUCGCCCAACAAACACCCCAGAGAUGGCAUGGCGGCAUGGCGUUGGCCAUGCAUUCAAUCUGCCUUCUUCCUUGGAGGCAUGCUGCUUGGAUACGAUGUCAGUAACAUUGCGAACAUCCAACCACCGAUCUACGAAGCCUUCGGCCAGGUCCAUCUCCUGCCAUGGGUUGCGACAGGUUACACAGCAACCCAAGUCUGCAUGGUUCCCCUCGUCCGCAAGCUCGCGCUUCUGGGCCAUGUAAAGCUGCAGAUUGUUGCCUACACCUUGAUCUUUCUCAUUGGUGCAGCCGUGUCUGGUUCUGCCACCAGCAUGAACUCCGUCAUUAUCGGCCGCGCGGUUUCAGGAGUUGGAGGUGCUGGAAUCUACCAGCUCUGUAUCUUGGUCAACGUCCUUCUCACUACUCCAGCAGAGCUUCCUCGUGUCCAAGGUAUCAUGGCUGUCUCAUGGGCAAUUGGACUGACAUUAGGCCCCGUAAUCGGAGGAGCCUUCGCCGAGAACCAGAGCGCUACUUGGAGAUGGGUUGGCGUCAACACGCCCCUUAUCGGCGGUCUCCUUGCCAUCGACUGGUUCGGCAUCGUUCUGCACAUGGCCGGUUUUAUUCUUCUCUGCUCAGCUCUCAUCUUCAGCGGUUCCACUUGGGAGUGGUCGUCUCAUUCAGCGAUCGUAGCCUGGGUUUUCGUGGGUGUAAUAUACGCCAUCUAUAUUGCGCAGCAAUACUUUUGUCUUUUCACUAGCAAAGAACACCGAGCGAUUCCUGCAGACCUUCUCAAGAGCCGAACCGUAGCUCUCGUUGGCCUUGGGACAAUGGCUGCCGGCAGCUGUUACGGAAUCGCCUUGUACUACACACCAUUGUUCUUUGCCUUCACAAAGGGAGUCGAGCCAGUCGAUGCCGCUGUCCGUAUACUUCCCUUUAUCUUCACCUUCAUCAUCUUCAGCAUCGUCAUGGCCAGCAUGAUACCAGUAAUCGGUCGGUAUGCCCCCUUCUACGUGGCAGGUGGUGCCCUAGCAAUGAUCGGCGCCGGGCUUCAAACUCAAAUCACACCUCAGACCUCCGAGGCCAGAGUGAUGGGAGUCAGCACCCUCAUCGGGGCCGGGACCGGAUGCAUGUGGCAGACCGGAGUCGCCAUUAUGACACAGGCCGUACCCGCGAACCGCCGCCUCGACGUCACAGCUCUCUUCAUCAUGGUUCAGCUUGGCGGUAUCUCAGUCACACUCGCUCUAGCUGGUUGUGUCUUUUCGAACCUCGGCUUCAACCGUCUCCACAUGUCGCUUUCGGGGCUUGGAUACAACGAUCACGAUAUUCGGGAAGCUUUGGCUGGUCUCGACUCCAAAAUCUGGACGGCUGCGGAUCGUCGGGUGGUUGCGAUUGCCGUUCAAGAUGUCGCAAGUGUAAUUGCUGAUCUGCAAUUUGUGAUUGUGGCGGCGGGAGCUGUGGCUUUCCUAAGUGGCUGUUUUAUGAAGUGGGAGAAGCUGGGCUUUGGGAGGGCGAAGGCGUCUAAGUGA